GUGGUCAUGUGAUCCUUGUACAUGUGGUUGCGUCAUGAGUGUCAUGUAGAUGGAAAAGGUGAUAUUGGCAGAUAGUAAACAAAGUUAAGUGAAUAGUGAAGAAACGGAUUGCGACGUCUAUCCAUAUAGUUUUCGAUAUGGAAGAAUACAAUGGAAAUGGAACUGAUCUCUACAGCCACCACGGAGUGCUGUUGAAGAUUCAUGGAAGUCAUGGAAAAGAUGAUGACGGCCAUAGUUUGGGCACCUUGAGUAUUGUGGAAUUUCCCACAGGAAAGGCUAUUGAGUGGAAAACAUCAGAGGUGUCUGUUGAUUCCGAGACUCAUGACCAAGAUUGGUCUGUUGUACAUACUGUCGGGAACCGUACUCGAACAGUGAGCUCUUCAAGUGCUGAUAGUCAGGCACAAAGCAGAUGUCUUCGAAUUCCUUUAUCGGAUGUCAAAAGUUUCAGAGUCACAAGAAAUAAGCAACAGCUCACUGUAAUGCAGAGAGAUGGAUCAGUACACAGUUCAUUCUUCUUUCAGAAUGGAAAUGCAGAUUGUUUUGUAGAUGCGUUGAAAGGAAAUUUAAAGACUGUGAGGUCCAAAAAGGAUAAGAAUCUGUACUUGAUUCUGGACCAGCCAGAGAGCCAAGUUCUAGAUCGAUCCUUUGCCGAGCUGGAUCUGUUCACAGAAAAUACAACUUAUGCAGUAUGGAAGUUUGUCAAAAACCUUCACAAUCACCCUUAUGAGACAACAAUGGAAGCAUUCAGCAAGCUGACUGAUGUUUUGUUGUACAAACCAAAUGAGCCUGAGGAACAGGAAGUAGCAGAAUUAUUAAAUCGAAGUCUGUCACUGGAGGGGACACCAUCUCCACCACCAGGAGCAGCAGAAGGCUAUGAAGUGAUUGGACGUGUGCUACCACCCCGCCAAAGUGUUUGUCGGGGACCACCACUGUCGGCGGAGGAAUGGUCAGCUUUGAUCACUGCUGACCCCUGUCAUCGAGAUGUUGAUAAAAUCAAAGCUACCAUUUUCAGAGGGGGUGUUUUACCAAAUAUCCGGUUAGAUGUAUGGAAAUACCUCCUGGGAUACUACCCCUGGACUUCUACAGAAGAAGAAAGACAGCAAAUAAAGAGAAACAAAACUGAUGAGUACUACCAAAUGAAACUGCAGUGGCGGACCAUAACACCAUCACAGGAACUGAGGUUUUCAGACUUUCGGGAGAGGAAAAGCCUCAUUGAGAAAGAUGUCAACCGCACUGAUCGUACAAUACAAUUCUUUGCUGGUGAUAACAAUUGCAAUCUUCAAGUAUUGUCAGAUGUCCUGAUGACAUACGUCAUGUAUAAUUUUGAUUUGGGAUAUGUCCAAGGAAUGAGUGAUCUCUUGUCGCCAAUACUUGUCAUUAUGAACAAUGAAGUGGAAGCAUUCUGGUGUUUUGUGGGUUUUAUGGACAAAGUGUUCUCAAAUUUUGAGUUGGACCAGGCUGGUAUGAAGCUACAACUCCAGCAGCUCCACACUCUUUUAGCUGCUGCGGAGCCUCAGUUAGCAACAUACCUUGAUCAAAAUGAUUCUGCAAAUAUGUUCUUCUGUUUCCGUUGGCUACUUGUUCUUUUCAAGAGAGAAUUUCCUUUACAUGAUGUCAUGCGUCUUUGGGAGGUACUAUGGACAGAUUUGCCAUGCCCAAACUUUCAUCUUCUUAUCUGCGUAGCUAUUUUGGACACGGAGAAAAACAACCUUAUUGGCAACAGAUAUGGUUUUACUGAAAUAUUGAAGCAUGUAAAUGAUCUGUCCCUGCAUAUUGACUUGGAGCUCAUUCUGUGCAAGGCAGAAAGUAUUUAUCUGCAAUUGUCUGAGGCCACAGAACUCCCUGAUGCUGUCCGCAGGAUAAUUGGACUUGCACCAAUAGAAACCAAUGGCUGUUCCACAGACGGGGGCAGCGAUGAUGAAGCAAAUCAUGUAGCUGAUGGUCCAGUUCGUGAGGGUCCACACUCAAUUGACUCAGUCACAUUAGUGGCUGGUUUGGGAGAAGCUGCUUAUGAAAAAGGACUUGAUCUGCACUACACUUAAGACUGAGGACUUCACAGUUGCAAGCUGUUUGUUGUUGUAAUGCUGAAAAUUCAAACCACUGGAGGUGGAUGGAAUAGCCGGAGAUAUAACCGACUUUGAGGAAUAAAAUUAAUGGAUAAUGUACACACUGACUGAAAUCGACUUUUGAUUUUAACUGCAGAAAUGCAAGGAAAAGGUAAUUGCUACUUACUGUAAAGAGUACACGUAAAGUUGCAGACAGGCACGACUAAGACACUUAUACAUUAGUUUUGAGGCACAGUCUUUGUGAGGAGGAAAACACACACACACACACACACACACACACACACACACACACACACACAUUCACA